AGAUGCCAGGAGCUGCGCACGGAGUCUGACCGACCCGUCACCAUGGGCUGGCCGGUCAGUGCCGGAUUGAUGAGAGCUCUGCUCAGCGUGGCCAUCACCACCACAUUCUUCGUCAGUGUGGUCGGCAUCAACUUCCGGGAGAAGGAGAAACGCAUCCUGGACAACAUCCUGUCGCAGGGCAGCGGAAACUCGAGCGGAUACGACAAGCGAAUUCGACCUUCCGGCGUUAAUGACGGACCGACCGUAGUGGCCAUAAAUUUGAUGAUCCGUAGCAUUGCUCGCAUUGACGAUGUCACGAUGUGGACCAACCCACACAUGUGUCCGUGAACCUCCUCAUCAGGUCGAUCAGUAAAAUAGAUGACUACAGCAUGGAGUACAGCGUACAGCUGCUGUUCCGAGAGAAGUGGAACGACGAACGGCUCAAGUUCGACGACAUGGGAGGUCGAGUCAACUACCUAACACUGACCGACCCGCGCCGAAUCUGGAUGCCCGACCUGUUCUUCAAGAACGAGAAGACAGGCCACCUGCACGAGAUCACCAUGCCCAACAUGUAUAUCCGGAUAUUCGCCGACGGGGGUGUGCUCUACAGUGUCAGAAUAUCGCUGACGCUGUCGUGCCCUAUGGACCUGAAACUGUAUCCGCUCGACAAACAGACGUGCUCGCUGAAAAUGGCUAGCUACGCCUGGAAAACGGACGAUCUGAUAUUCGUGUGGAAGGAGGGUGACCCGGUGCAGAUUGACGACGGCCUCCACCUGCCGCGGUUCACGCUGGAAAAGUUCCAGACGGCCUACUGCAACAGCAAGACAAACACAGGCGAGUACAGCUGCCUGACGGUGGACCUGCUGUUCAAGCGCGAGUUCUCCUACUACCUGAUCCAGAUUUACGUGCCCUGCUGCAUGCUGGUGAUCGUGUCGUGGGUGUCGUUCUGGCUGGACCAGAACGCCGUGCCGGCGCGCGUCUCACUGGGCGUCACCACGCUGCUCACCAUGGCCACCCAGACGUCCGGCAUCAACGCCGCCCUGCCGCCCGUCUCCUACACAAAGGCCAUCGACGUGUGGACCGGCGUGUGCCUCAUGUUUGUGUUCGGCGCCAUGCUCGAGUUCGCGCUGGUCAACUACGCCAGUCGCUCGGACAUGCACCGCGAGACGCUGAAGCGGGGCCGCGGCCGGCCGCCGCCGCCGCCGCCCGAGCACGACCACCAGCACACGUCGCUGGGCGAGCUGGGGGACCACGGCGACGACGGACAGACCGCCUACGCCAUGCGGCCACUGGUGCACCGCGCCGACCGUAGCAACAGCGCCGGUUUCGACAAGAGUCGUCAGUGUGAGAUUCACAUGCAGGUCGGCGGCGGCCACAAGGGCUGCUGCCGCAGCUGGCUAUCCAAGUUCCCGACGCGCUCGAAACGGAUAGACGUCAUCGCCCGGAUCACCUUUCCGCUGGUGUUCGCCCUGUUCAACAUGAUCUACUGGGCGACGUACAUCUUCCAGGACGGUGGCCAGGAGAUGAAGUGAGCCUCCGCGGCACACGGACAAACUCUGGCGGCCCGGCGCGACCGGCAACGCCAGCACGCUGUGCCAAUGUUUCCACUUUCACAGAUGUGUAUGCGAGGUAGUGAUACAUAUAUCAGCAAGCGGUACACGAGAAUGGAGUGUCUGGGGUGAAUGGCAGUCCGCAUACCGCGGGAUAGAUUACCGGGCUGGCUGAGUGGACCCCGGGACGGAAUACUAGCCGCGUCUCUCGUGCAACCCAUCGAAAAGUGGUGGUUUAAAUGCUCAUACCUCGACGGACCUACUGUGGUGGCCCCUCACCGGUGGACUGACGGCUGGGCGGCCCGACCGGGACGGUCACCGCGAUUGUGAUACUGACACAAUGUGCUGCGGUGACAAUCCUGCGCCGCCAGUCGCUCGGCUGGACGAUUGGCGCGAGCGACGUGGCUCCCCUGCUGUUACGAGUUGUCUCACGUUUAUAAGAGCUCCGCCCAACCGUUGGCGUUACUGCGCGGUAGAGUUUAUCGUCUUCUCGGCGGGAGGGGCGCGCUCGGGGCUCGUUCGAGUGUUCGAACGGUCGGACCGGGCCGAUCCGCUGCUGUCAGGAUGCCGACUGUCCGAUCGGCUAAUUGCCGGUUGGAACGAAGCGAGUGGACGUCCCGUGACGCGUUGCUCAGACGCUGGCCGGCCGCCGGGGUGGCGCGCUGUCUUUCGUUGGCGGUAAGCUCGCUUCCUGCCGCCCGGUGUGUGCCCCGCGCGGCGCCGGCACACUGGCUCACUGCGCGCUCUGAGUUGCCGCGGCGCCGCUGCUUGGGUGCGUCUCGUUGUGUGUGCUCUCUGACUGUUUCCGUGUCGGUUACCCGGGUGUGGGGCCGCCGGGGAGGCGUCGCCCACGUCUCGGUGUGAGCUGUCUCCGCCCGGGAGCGGCUGUUUCUGUUGGCCGCUGGGUGACUCCUAACUCGCCGCGGCGCUCUGUUUCCACCCCGGGAGGCGGUCGUCUCGGGUAGUCCCCGACUGGCCGGUCGUGGUCACACAUUCCACCAGCGCUAACCUCAGGCAAAACGAACCGACUCUGUGUUCAUGUAGCGACAACGCACCCCGGGACGAGUUUUAUAACGGCUCGACCAAGUCACUGGGAGAGCGAUUAUCAGUUACGGGAGCUAGAAACGAGUAGUGGGGUUGAGUGUAUUUGCAUUGUGUUCUCUGCUUAUUGUUACUCGAGGAGAUUUAACUCGUAGUUCCAAUCCUCUGAUCCACGAAAUAGUCCGUCAAUGUAAACUCCCGUCGAACUAAGCUCGGUCAAUGGUGCGGACAUUCACAUACAUCGCACACACGUCUCAUCCUAGGGUCCGACACAUCUCAUCACUAGUGUCUGAAGCCAUUUCGACAUGCGCACACCGGCAGGGCGCGCCCCAGUGGUGCCAGCGCCGCUCUCAACGGCCCGUUGUUGCGUAGGUGUUAGUUCGCGUCAUUUUAAUAAAUAAAUUCUGAGAAAAAA